AUGGCAGAAAAUUAUUUCCAAGAAAUUGGCGCGUUUAACAACAUUUCUACUGCACUGACGGUUGGUGCUCCUGGCCCUGAUUUAUUAAUCCAUUCUAAUGAAGUGUUGAAAAAAGCCACAACACAUCGAUUGUCUCAACCAGAUGCCUGCCAACUCUUGCAAUAUGGUCUUACAAGAGGCGAUGGGAAAUUUCCAGUAGAAGUUGCAAAAUUUCUUUCUCGUCAUUAUGGUGAUCCAGUAUCGAGUGAAGAUAUACACGCAAAUGCUGGAGCUACGCAAGGUGCUGUAGCCUUGGCUGGCCUGCUUCUAAAAAGUGGCGAUUUCGUAUUCGUUGAAGAACCAACUUAUUUCCUCGCUUUGAGCAUGUUGCGCGAGGACAUGCAUUUGAAUAUUGUGCCGAUUCCGACAGAUAAUGAAGGGAUACAAAUAGACACAUUAGAAGAAUCCCUAAAAAUUCACAAAGCCAAAAGCAAUCAUGUUGUAUCUGAAGCGCAACCUUUCUGGUCGAUAAUUUACCUAAUUCCGACGUUCAAUAAUCCGAAAGGCUUUUGCGUGUCACCUGAGCGUAGCAAGCAAAUUGUAAGCGUAGCUCGUAAAUAUGGCUGCUUGGUUUUGUGUGAUGACGUCUACAACGUACUCUCGUAUAGGAGCGAUGAUCCUGACAAAUUUGUACCAGCUCCGAAAAGACUCUUCGCAUAUGAUGAUAAAUCCGAUCCUGAUUAUCAAGGUAAUGUGAUCUCAAAUGCAACGUUUUCGAAGUUCUUCGGCCCAGGGCUUCGUUUAGGCUGGUAUGAAGCUCCAAAAAGAGUUUUAAAGAUUCUUUACGGCAGUGGUUAUAUUCAGAGCGGAGGUGGCUUUAACUCUUAUACUUGUGGAAUAGUCACUAGCGCUUUAGAAACUGGAUUGCUCGAUGAGAUCUUAGUCAAAUUUAGAAGACAGUUUCACCUAAGAAGGGAUGCAAUUUACAAUGCUGCUAAGCAGUACAUGCCAGAAGGGGUGAAAUUUAACAAACCACAGGGUGGAUACUUUAUGUGGGUUGAAUUACCUGAGCAUAUCAAUGCACAAGAUGUCUUAAAAAUAUCUAAACAAGAGCAUAAAAUUGCAUUUGCUUUAGGAACAAAGUUUUCGUCAACGGGUAGAUUUCAAAAUUAUCUGCGAUUUAGCUUUAGCUAUUACGAUGAAGCUGCACUCACAGAGGCCAUGAAGGCGGUUGCAGCAAUCAUUAAGCGGUUGAUGUAA